GUGAAUAAUUACAUCAAGUGCUUCGGAAAAUAUUUUCAUCAAAUGCAAUGAAAAUUGUAAUGUGAAAAACUACAUUUUUUGUAAAAGAAGCAAGCAAGUGAGAAUGUUAUGCAAAAAUUUGUUCAAGUGCUUAAGACAUACACAAUUGUGAAAGUUUAAGUGAUCAUUACUGAAAAAUAUUUUAAUCUGACUAUAUAACAAUAAACCCGGCCUUUUCAUAGUCGGGCUACAACGAGUUGACAAGAAGGAAGAGCUCAAACAAGAUUUGUCUAAAUGUACAACAAAAUGUCCAGCUACGAAACUGCAUCCUCCGAUGGCGAUCUUUGUCAUCGUGUUUGCGAUCCAGACCAGUACUAUGAAUCCAAUGGAAGCUACUAUACACAGCUGUAUCCAGCAGAUUCGCAAAAUUCAGGAGCACAGGUGACCAGCGCCGGUGGUGGAGGAGGUGUGAUCAUCAUGGACGAGGAAGGCUACUGGGGUUCACCGUGCAGUUCGAGCGAAUCGCACCCAGACAUUCACAGAGACCGAUACUCACCCCCGACGGUGGCUGGGACGACGGUAGUUAGUGCCAGCGGGAAUGCCUCGGUAGUGGUAAGCGCUAUUCGCAACAUCUCGCAACAGCAGCAGCACCAACCGCCCGAUCAAUCGUCCCUGUCGACAUCGUCGCUGUCAUCGGCUUCCUCCACGUCAUCCUCUAUGUCGGCGUCUUCGUCACCUUACGGAGGUGCUGGUCAUCCACUUCCACCGGGCGGCUACCAUCAGCAGCAGCACCAUCACCAUCAACAAAUGCCAUCGUCCAUGUACUGCUCCUCCUCUUCGAUUGUUUAUGAAAAGAGUAACGCCGGGAUUUACGUGCCGGAUGAAGGAUAUUUUGGAGCAACCGGAACCUCUAUUGAUCCCGUUUCUGGCACCACGGGCAAUGAACAUCAGUCGCUUAUGCAUAUGGCGCCCUCCUCUUCCGGCGUAAUUCCCGGCAACGGUGUGCCAGUAGUGCGGGUGGUCAAGCGACGCAACACGGCCAACAAGAAGGAGCGUCGUCGGACACAAAGCAUCAACUCGGCGUACACCUCACUGCGGGAUCGUAUUCCAAACGUUCCCAACGAUACCAAACUGUCCAAGAUCAAAACGCUGCGACUGGCCAUUUCCUACAUCGCCCAUCUGUUGGCGGUCGUGAAUGGUAACCAGGAUCCGUCGUGCGAUUUCCGUGCCGAACUGGUGCCCUCGUCGCGCAAGAUUAACGCCGAACGGCGUGCCCAGAAGACGCUAAUGCAAAACUUUACCGCCAAUGGAACCGCCAAUGGAACCGUCAAUGCAGCCACCAGUCCGCCGGUGACUGAAGGACGAAAAAUCAAAGGACGUACCGGGUGGCCGCAGCACGUUUGGGCGUUGGAAACGAAAACCACCAUCAAAUAAGACCUUCUACGCUAAUCUGCCCUAGCCCCAGAAGGACGAUUUGAUGCAAGUUUGCGGCAAAAUUUCACAAACGAUCACUGUUUAGGAACAGCAUUACAUCAGUAUCGCCGCAGAACACAAAUAUGAAUAGGUUGCGAUAGGUAACUAUCAAGCGCGAUAAAGAUACAAAUGUGUUCCAAACAUUACCAGCAUUUAGGCCCAUCGUCGAUACACACUUUUGAAUGUAGCAAUGGAAGGCUAUUAAAAGACGCCCAAGACAUGAUUUAAUGAUGCGCACGUA